AUGGACGUCAAGAAGAAGUACGAGAUCGAGGCGGCCCUCGCGACAGAAGCCCAGGCCAUCUCGUCGGGCCAGCUCAAGGAAGAGAACCCGCUAGACUUGAGCGAUGAUUUCAGGGUCUUUUGUGAGGCAUGUCGGAGGGGAGACUUGAAGGUUUGCCAGGAGAUGAUCUCGACGGGUGUGAACAUCAACGCCAGGGAUAAAUUCGAUUAUACACCUCUUAUCCUAGCUAGUCUCUGCGGUCACUACGAAGUCAUAAGGUUGCUCCUUGAAAAUGGCGCACUCUGUGAAAGAGACACUUUUCAAGGGGAACGAUGCCUGUACAACGCCCUCAACGACCGUAUACGCAAUUUGCUAUUGUCCUACGAUUACGCCAAAGCUUCCAAUCCCCUCCAACCGCUGGCGGCGCACAUUACUUCACUCCUCACGAGGACUUCGCCUAAGACGACGGAUAUCACAAUCACAGCCUAUGGUCAAGAAUUUCAUCUUCAUAAAUUCCUCCUCGCGGCACGAUCGCCGUACUUUGCGAAGAAGCUGGAAGCGGCACCGAACACAACCUCGUGGAAGCUACCAAAUACCAUACCCGCAGAGUCGCUAGGCGUGGCAUUGCAGUAUCUCUACUUCCAAGAAGUCUCAAUACGCAGAGCGUUACAUGGAUUAAGUGAUGAGCAGGAGCUAGUGGUGCUAAGCGGCAUCGAGAAGAUUGGCAAGCAGCUAGAGAUAGAACGUUUGUUCGAAGAUAUUACAGAAGUCUCGGAUCGAAGAUUGUUGCGUCAGCGACGCGCGGAAGAACUGGAACGGGGUCGAGAUCAACUAGAAGGCUGGUUCAAGAACAACGUCCUCCGGCACAAGCGGGUCGUGGACACUGCAAAGGUGGACAACAUACAAUGGGACAGGGAGAACUCCAUCUUCGCCGACAUACUACUGCGUGCCGAUGAUGAUGACGAGGAUCAAGAUUCUGAGGGCACCGAUCGGUCACCAGGGCCAUCAGAGUCAUCUACGCCACCCGUGCGAAACACUCCAGGGCCUCUGUUGGGAAUACCAGUCGGACCUGGUCGCGCACGUUCGAGGUCGCCUUCGCGUCAACAAGCGCCUCGUAAAUCAACCAUAUUCCCGGCACACCGAGCUAUGCUAUUGCGUUCUGAGUACUUCCUGACCAUGUUCAGCUCACAGUUCAAGGAAGCACAAGACACACCGCAUCUGCAGAUUGUGACCAUCGACUGCUCGCCAGCAGUUUUGGAGACUAUCCUUACAUUCAUGUACACCGAACGUGCUGACUUUGGUUUGGAUAUUGCAAUCGAUGUGCUCUUUGCGGCAGAUCAGCUCUUCAUCGAGAAGCUGAAGCAACGCGCCGCCAUUAUCAUUUCCGCACUGGGUAAUGGCGCAACCUCAGCAGUCGAGUCAGAUAACCCACGGGGUGCUACAGAUGCAGAUGAAGCAGUGGAUAUCUAUGAAGUCAUCCGAGCCGGGUGGGACACAAGAGUACAGCGGCUUGAAGAGUUUGCUGCGCGAUACAUCGCCUACCGGCUGGAACACUACAUAGACCAACCUGAGUUUGCAGAGCUAGUCCAGGAAUCUGCAAAUCGCGUCAAAGCACGUCAAGAGACUGAUACUGUCGAACUCGUCGACGACAUCCGAUACUACCUGUCGGAACGAUUCAGGCUUCGCUUUGAGGACAGCGGGCUGGAUGAGAUGAUGGAUGAGAACGCAGCUAUGCAAGCCAGUACCGAUGGAGAUCUUGUUGAUGCCAUGGGCGAUUUUGCGCUAGAGGACGGUAUACCUAAUAAGGUGCAGCAAGAUGAGAACAUGGCGUCGGUCGAGCAGCAAAUUGCUGCUGGUGUCAUUAGAAAUCUGGAUGGCGAGGAAGUCGGUGAUGAAUUUGCUCAAGAUGCGAUGAAUUAUCAAAUCCUACUAGGGAAGAUAGAUACGUUGCUUGAGAAGCUAAACUUGGAUGCUUAG